GACCACAUGGCGCAGCUGCAGCGGGUGCACGGCUUCCUCAUGAACGACUGCCUGCUGGUGGCCACCUGGCUGCCGCAGCGGCGGGGCAUGUACCGCUACAACGCCCUCUACCCCCUGGACGGCCUGGCCGUGGUCAACGUCAAGGACAACCCGCCCAUGAAGGACAUGUUCAAGCUGCUGAUGUUCCCCGAGAGCCGCAUCUUCCAGGCGGAGAACGCGAAGGUCAAGCGCGAGUGGCUGGAAGUGCUGGAGGAGACCAAGAGGGCCCUCGGCGAGAAGAGGCGCCGGGAGCAGGAGGCGGCGGCGGCCGCCCGAGGCCCGCCCCAGGCGGCUCCCAAGGCCGCGAACCCGUUCGAGGACGACGACGCCGAAGCACUGGCCGUGCCUGAGGUGGCGGAGGAGAAGGUGGACCUCUCGAUGGAAUGGAUCCAGGAGUUGCCCGAGGACCUGGACGUCUGCAUAGCCCAGAGGGACUUUGAAGGGGCCGUGGACCUGCUGGAUAAGCUGAACCGGUACCUGGCAGAUAAGCCCAGUCCCCCUCCCGUGAAGGAGCUGAGAGCCAAGGUGGACGAGCGAGUUCGGCAGCUCACCGAGGUGCUCGUCUUUGAGCUCUCCCCCGAUCGCUCCCUGAGAGGUGGCCCCAAGGCGACGCGCCGGGCAGUUUCUCAGCUCAUCCGGCUCGGCCAGUGCACCAAGGCCUGUGAGCUGUUCCUGAGAAACAGGGCAGCCGCGGUUCACACCGCGAUUCGUCAGCUUCGCAUCGAGGGUGCCACGCUGCUCUACAUCCAUAAGCUCUGCCACGUCUUCUUCACCAGCCUUCUCGAGACUGCGAGAGAAUUCGAGACCGAUUUUGCCGGCACGGACAGCGGCUGCUACUCUGCCUUUGUGGUCUGGGCAAGGUCCGCCGUGGGCAUGUUCGUGGGUGCUUUUAGCAAGCAGGUGUUUGUCAGCAAGGAGAGCCUCUCCACGGCCGCUGAGUGCGUCCAGGUGGCCAAGGAGCACUGCCAGCAACUGGGCGACAUCGGCCUGGACCUCACCUUCGUCAUCCACGCCCUGCUGGUGAAGGACAUCCAGGGGGCCUUGCACAGCUACAAAGAAAUCGUCGUUGAAGCCACGAAGCAUCGCAACUCCGAGGAGAUGUGGAGGAGGAUGAACCUGAUGACGCCGGAAGCCCUGGCUAAGCUCAAAGAAGAGAUGAGAAGCUGCGGGGUGAGCGACUUUGAGCAGUUCACAGGGGAUGACUGCUGGGUGAACCUGAGUUACACAGUGGUUGCCUUCACCAAGCAGACCAUGGGCUUCUUGGAAGAGGCCCUGAAGCUGUACUUCCCGGAGCUGCACAUGGUGCUCCUGGAGAGCCUGGUGGAGAUCAUUUGGGUGGCCGUUCAGCACGUGGAUUACAGCCUUCGGUGUGAGCAGGAUCCGGAGAAGAAAGCUUUCAUCAGACAGAAUGCAUCCUUUCUGUAUGAAACAGUCCUCCCUGUGGUGGAGAAGCGAUUUGAAGAAGGCGUGGGGAAGCCUGCCAAGCAGCUCCAAGACCUGAGGAACGCAUCUAGACUUCUUCGUGUGAAUCCCGAAAGUACGACGUCGGUGGUCUGACGCUUGGGGCUGUGUAUAUGUACACAUAUAUAUUGCUUAUAUGUUCUUUAUGUUUAUGUCAGGUUGCUUUGGCAUGCUCUUUAUGUUCUCAAACACAAGUGACAAAAGUAAAAAGCGCCCUCUUGGAAAUGCAAAGUCAGAAAGAAAGAAGGAAAUGUUAAGUUAAGCCUAAGUAACAGAAAUAUUGGAAUUAUUAAGAUAUUUAGUAUGCUAGCUAUCCUUUUUAAAUUAUGCUAAUUCCCCACUGAAUUUGGGGUCACACGAUAGUAUUUCGGUUUUUUGAAGUCGAAACACGCUUUCUCACGAUAUGUAUUAUGCAGCACAGAGUCAUAAUAUCUGUAACUACAUAGUUUGAAUGUGUUAUGAAAAGUUUCUCAGUUCACCAAAAUGUUUCGUUCCUAAAGGGUACAGCGUCAUAUGAAGCACCUCGCCUCAGAAACUUCCCUCUCCUUAGAAUGAAUACUUUUGGGGGAAAAGAAAGGCGUUGGGAAAAUUGGUUUUAGGCCAAAUUUUAGUCAGAAGAAUUCUUUCUUGAACCCGGCUAGUGUGUGGACUCAGAUACUCCAGUCCUUAUCAAUACAAGAAGACGCUUUCAUAAAAACAACCCGGCAAAUAUUGCCAGUGUAAUUUGAAUGGCCAAUUUUCAGUUGCUAAUUAGCAGUCUCAUAAUAAUUUGAUUUGGGAGCGUUUACUUGGAAAUCUUAAGAAUUAGGAUAAUUUUUCUUUUCCAAUUGUGUGAGUUUCCAGCCGGAGUUCUGUCUUUGUCUUAUUUUAAAAACGAUAACAGUAACCAGGACACCUUGAGGAACCUGGCAGCAGCUGCUGGGUUUAACUACUCCGCUCCCCAUUGCCACUUUCAGUGUAGGGCAUGUAGUGGCUCAGAUUGCAGAUAUAAAAAAAAUUUUCAUUGAAAUAUUUAUCUAGACUUCAUUGAAAUAUUUAUCGCUGUCAUGCCUUUUGGCUAAAAUCAAGUGUAGAUUUGAUGGUCUAGGUGGAUGGGAAAUGAGAACAAAUCAUAGGCAAAUCCCAAUGUUCUCGAAUGUAACCACGCAAAGAUUUUUGUUAACAAAAUUGUAAUUUUGAUUGUAACAAAGUGAAGAACAGAGUGAGACAAUGUGCCCAAA